AUGAAAACCUUGUCCGACGAGGAGCUCACAGAUCUCGCGGGCAAUUACUUCGCUCCGAAGGGACUUUACCGUCACACGAAAGGCUUGCCAUUCUUGGGUAGUCUUGAGUGUAACACAAAGACUCUCAUUGCUGGGCAAUGGACUGAACUCAUCGUGGAAUACACGGUUGGUGCCAGUGGCCUUGCUGAUGGAGCUUGGAUCAAAGGAACCUUCAAGUUCUACUCGGACUGGGCGCUGUUUCAGACUUCCGACCCAAAGGAAGACAACUACGUAUCGGUAGAAUACACGCCAGGCCCUCUCCACGAAGGGCAAGCAGCGGCGACAGUACAAUCACUGGCUGCUCGUUUCGACCAAAAGGGCCAUGAGCGACCAUUCCAAAAGGCCAUCAUCGUUGACAUUGUCGACGGUUACAUGAACCCCGGAGAUAAGAUUACUAUUCGAAUUGGCGACAGACGAUGGGGAUCGCGGGGUACCCGAGUUCAAACAUUCGUCGAAGACAAGUUCUUGAUGAGGUGGUAUAUUGAUCCAGUCGGAACUUCAAGAUUCGCUCCCAUCAAGCCUGACAUUGGUUUUCCAAUCAAAUCAGGACAAGUUGCUAGAGUCAAGACCAUAACUCCCCGAGUUGUUAGGCCCGGCGUUCCCGCCCCCCUUCACGUCCAUACCGAGGACAUCUGGGGCAAUGCGACAGCAGACCUCGGGAAUCUGAAAGCUGAAGUCAGAUUGAUCAAAGUUGGCUCCAAGGCAGAGGUUGUCCAGACUAAAACCUUGCCUUUCGCAGCUCAGGGAUGGACGGUGAUGAAUGGCACAUACGAGUUCGUCAAAGAUGGGGACUACGAUCUCGUCGUGGCAGUAAUUGAUGGUGAGGGAUCUGUCAUUGCCACAGCUACAGACUAUGUAUCUGUCGAUGCCUCUCUACCCAUCCCUCGGCCGUUGUACUCUGAUCUUCACGUUCACUCCGAUGACACUGUCGGCACCAACCCGACCACAUACAACUUCUCUUACGCCAAAGAAAUUGCCGGCCUUGACGUCGUCGGAUACACUGCUAAUGAUUUCAACAUUACCAAAGAGAAGUGGGAGCACACGCUUGAGAUCAUUAAGAGAGUUAAUUCGCCCGGCGAAUUUGUCGUAUUCCCUGGGACAGAAUGGUGUGGCAACUCAGCCGCUGGGGGUGAUCACAAUGUCGUCUUACUCGAUGACCCGAAGACGAGUCAACCCGAGUUCCCUUUUGACAAGAAAGGGAAUGUAGCUCGUAGCUUCGAGUGGAACGAGGACGGACCGGCAGAGCUGAUACCCGGCGCUUGGCCACUGGAUGAAGUCUACGCGACUUACGCUCAUUCACCUGAAAGCCACCUUUUGAUCCCCCACGUUGGCGGUCGUCGAUGCAACCUAGCCUGGCACCAUUCCCAGUUGGAACGUCUUCUCGAAAUUGGCAGCGCUUGGGGGUUAUUCGAGUGGCUUCUUCGCGACGCCGUGAAACGGGGCUGGAAACUCGGCGUUUCCGCCAAUUCGGAUGAGCACCGGGGUCGAUGUGGAGGCGGGGUACCCGGAACUGCCGUCUUUGGCACGAAGGGUGGAUUGACCGGCGUCUUGGCCGACAAGCUGGAGCGUGGUGAGGUUGCGAAGGCCUUACGGGCAAGGCGUACGUUUGCGACAACAGGCGAACGCUUAGUUGGGAUCGUACGCACCGACAAGGGACAUCUUCAAGGCGAUGAUGUGUUUGUGAAGGAUAAUGAGGAACUCGUUCUCAGGUACAGCUUCUUUGGUGCGGGAGGGUACUCUUCCAUCGAGGCUUGGGAUGCGAGUGGUCGCAUUCUCCACCGGGAUCUCCAGAAAGAAGCAGAAACUCACGCCACGGCAUCAACUCCUAGAAAGAUUCGCGUGAAUUGGGGAGGGGCUCGCGUUUACGACAGAUAUCGUGAGGCUGUCUGGCACGGAUCAAUUCUCCCCGGGGCGGUAAUCUCGCAUGUGAUCUUCGAGACCCGAACCAGCGGAGAUUUCGAUGGUGUUGACAUUUUCCUUGAUGACACAUCGGGAACCCCCUCUACUAUCAGCGUAUCGGGCCAUUUAGGUGGAUACGUCAAAGUUGGUGACGCCCUCAAAGGAAACCCCCACAACCCGCAACCUCGGUUCAACUUGGUUGCAACGGCAAAGGACUUGACUCAGGAAGGAGGGGUGCGCGACGACAUAGUGGGCGGUGCUGACCUCUUUGUGUCCAUCGAUGGUCUGUUGGAUGUUCCAUUGCCCAAAAGAGUUGAAGGCAGCUUCACAGUGAAGGCAGAGUCUGGUAGUGGUGGUGACCGGGCGGUGUACUUUGUGGGCAGAGAGUAUGGUGGAGGGAAGGUCAUCACCAGUCCUGUAUUCAUCAAGUACGACGGGAGCUCUACUACGCAGACCGGGUUUUCUGUCAACGGCACCGCUCCCUCGAGCAAGAAUCCUAUUGGAAAUCCCUCUUUUCCUGGAUCAACGACGACUGACGGCCUGAACUGGCUAGGGUUUGAUAUCGCGGAGUUUAAUCACACAACGAUCUUAGCCUAUAAUCUGGCUGUAGGAGGUGCUACGACAGACAACACACUUAUUCCAACAUACACGGAAGGUAUUGCGACCUACGUGGACCAGGUCGACACCUUUUACGAUGCAUACGUCCACCAGGAAACCCCAUGGUCCUGGGAUGACGUUCUGAUUGGGAUCUGGAUCGCCAACAACGACGUUGGCCAGUCUUUUGACAGAAACGACACAUCCUUCCUGUACCCAAAGGUUUCUGCCCGUUACUUCGAACAGACUCAGCGCCUGUACGAUGCCGGUGCCCGAAAUUUUGUGUUUCUCACAUGUGCUCCCCAGCAACUCACUCCUUUGAUGAUCGAAAAAGGCCCAGAAAGCAACGCAAAGGUUGCGGCUGCUGUCAAGCUCUACAAUGAGAUAUUGGAAAAGAACUUUCAAAAGUUUAAAAUAGCCCAUCCGGAUGCUCAAGCCUGGCUGGUCAGACCUUCGAAGUCAUAUGAACCUGCGAUUGCGAACCCACAAGAAUACGGAGCGCCAGACGCGAUUUGUACAAACGAGGACGGCGUCAGCUGCCUGUGGUGGAACAACUACCAUCCUGGAAUUCAAAUUCAUCAUCUUCUGGGAGCAGACGUGGCGACAACUGUUGGCACACCCUGGUUCAAUCCCCAGUAG